GUCUGCAGUGUACUUUGCGUAAUGCUGCAUUUCACAAGUCCCCUUGCUUGUACUAUUGACAAUCCCAGUCAUGACUGCUGCGCGCGACCCAUCGCUCAUCUCGAUCACGCCGGUCCCGGCCGACGCGGACUCGACGCCUGCCAUGCAGCGCAUCACCGAAUGGAACCCGCGCUUCGGCGACGAUAAGGAUCCGGAAGAGGAGCUCAACGAGCAGCUCGCCAAGCGGAAAAAGAUUCUGACGCUCUUGGGUGCGGGUGUCCUUGUCGUUGGCGCCUGCAUUGGUGUCGUCGUCGGCGCUAGCUCGGGCACGUCGGCGGCUGAUACGAGCAGCGGCUACGUUGCCAACAGCACGCCGGCACCGACGGUCGCAGGUGAAGUCGCUGUCGGCUCGACCGGCGCGACGACGUCCGACAACUUGACGCCUGUCGACAACGGCCAUUUGGACUCGGAUCUGACCACGGGCUCGCUCAGCAACUUUACGCUCAUUAGCCACAACUUAACUGAAUCAACCGAGGUCACGCCCGAGCCGACGACCGUGGUGCCGACGCCGUCGCCGACCCCGGAGCCGACGCCGGAACCGACGCCAGCGCCUACGCCUGCGCCGACGCCUGCGCCGACACCCGCUCCGACGCCUGCUCCGACGCCCGCUCCGACGACGAAGGCUCCCUUCAACAAGGGCUCGCUUCGCUUCUACAACAACUGCGGCAAGCGCAUCGAAAUGAUGUACACCCUCCGCCGCGGCAAGUCCCACAGCGACUUCUACCAGUGGAUGGAUGCGGGCUCGGCCUUCGAUGUCCAGGGUGACACGUUUGACGGGUCGACGUUCCGUAUUGGCCGGUCUGCCGAGGCGACGCGUAAUUCGUUCACCUUGCACCACCGAUGACUCACCGAUCAACGACGUAGUCUUCGAGGCCUCACGCGACAACGGCAAGCUCUGGCUCGACAUUAGUGCGAUCCCGCCGGACUGCGGCAACGGGCAUUCGUGGGAAGAGUGCUCCAAGGGCGGCAAGGUCAAGGGCUUCAACGUCGCUGUGAGCGUCGAGCGCCAGGACUUGAUGCCAGUCGGUGCCUUCAACUGCCCCAAGGUGCUCAACUGCCAGUGGGAAAAGUGCGCGGAAGCCUACCUCUACCCGUUCGACGAUGUCCACACCAAGAGCUGCCACAAGGACGAAGCGCUGCUUGUCACGUGGUGCGCCGGCGCCAACCCUGCUACGCAAAUGUAAAGGCGAGUUCUAGUCGAUUGCAGACCGAGUGAAGAAGAACCCGUCGUUCGGUGCGUUAAUACCAGCCAUGCAUUUAAAAAUGUUCUUUAUCCAAA